GGAGGAGGAAUGAAGCUGAGCUGAAGUGGGUGCAGACUGCAGGCUUCAGCUUUACAGCCUUAUCAGAGGUGGAAGAGGAAAUCAGAGGUAAACAACCGUGUCCAAAAUCUUCAGAUAAAGAUAAAGAACAGACUAGUCAAGUGUUCAGGCUGUUGAAUGGCUUCGGCAUGGCAGAGAGUGGAGUCACUGCAUCAGUGGAUCCUGGAGAAUGGAGAUAAGAGAACUGACCCCUGGCUGCUGGUUUACUCUCCCGUUCCAAUCUCAUGUAUCUUCCUCUGCUACCUGGGCAUCAUCUGGCUCGGACCCAGGCUCAUGAGGAACAGGGAAGCCAUGGACCUCAAACCUGUGCUUAUAGUUUAUAACUUUGCCAUGGUUUGUCUGUCGGUCUACAUGUUCCAUGAGUUUUUAGUGACGUCUUGGUUGUCGAACUACAGCUACUUGUGUCAGCCUGUGGACUACAGCAGCAGUCCCCUGGCCAUGAGGAUGGCCAGCGUGUGCUGGUGGUUCUUCUUCUCCAAGGUCAUCGAGCUCAACGACACCGUGUUUUUUAUCCUGCGUAAGAAGAACAGUCAGCUGACCUUCCUGCACAUCUACCAUCACAGCACCAUGAUCUUAAACUGGUGGGCCGGGGUCAAGUUCUUGGCCGGGGGACAGUCGUUCUUCAUCGGCCUGCUCAACACCUUCGUACACACCAUCAUGUAUUCAUAUUACGGUCUGGCAGUGUUGGGUCCAUACAUGCAGAAAUACCUGUGGUGGAAAUGCUACCUCACCUCCCUGCAACUGCUGCAGUUUGUUCUUCUGACCACACACACCGGCUACAACCUGUUCACCGAGUGUGACUUCCCCGACUCCAUGAACGCCGUGGUGUUCGCCUACUGCCUCAGCCUCAUCCUGCUCUUCAGCAACUUCUACUACCAGAGCUACGUGACCAAGAAGACCAAGCGUUCCUGAUGAAGACUCUGGAACUGUCCCUGUUCCAGCCCCUAGCUGCCUUUAAAGGUGCAUCAGAAGGACGGAAUUGGGACAGCAGAUUGAAUGAUAGUUGUUUUUUUGUUGUUGUUUUUUUCAACAAUAUUUUUUAUUGAUUUUUAAACAGGGAAAUGACACACAGCAGAUAUGUGGUGUGCUUUUUAAGGCACACUUGCAUUAUCUUAUUUAUAAACCCCUAGAACACACCUCUAUGGCCCUAACCCAACCCCAACUCCAAGGCUUACAUGUCAAAAAAAGAAAGAAGAGAGAGAGAGAGAGAGAGAGAGAGAGAGAGAGAAAGAAAAGGCUAAACACCAAGCAUAACUGAAAAACAAAAAGAGAAAGAAAAUAAUAAAAAUAAAUACAUUGAAAAAGAGAAAAAAAAUAACUGGAGCUAGAAGUCUAGGUUAUGUGUGCAAAGAAAGAGAGGAAGAGGAGAAAGGAAAAUAAAAAUAAAUAAAUAAAAAGCCAUACGCCUGAGAAAACCAAUCAAUCAAAUAAAUAAAAGGGGGGUUAAACUAUAAAUUUAUUUGAAAGAAGUGAAGGAAGGGCCCCCACACCUGAUGAAAUUUCAAACCUGAAUUAUGGACUGAAUAAUGGAUCUUCUCCAGGGACAAACAGGACAUGAUAUCUCUAAGCCACUGGGCGUGGGUGGGAGAGGUGGUAUCCUUCCACUUAAAUAAAAGAGAACGCCUGGACAGGAGGGAUGCAAAAGACAAUAAUCGACAUUUAGUUGGGGUUAGACGCCUAUCAUCCUCUCCAGUAAAGCCAAAAAGAGCAACCAGGGGGUCUGGUUCAAUAUCGCAACUAUAUCGCACGAGACAGGGUUUUAAAGACAUCCCUCCAGAAUUUUUCCAAAUUAGGGCAUGUCCAAUACAUAUGAAUGAGAGACGCCUCUCCAUUUUUACAUUUAUCACAGCAGGGGUCAACGUCUGGGUAGAAGCGAGAGAGCUUAACUUUGGAGAGAUAAGCCCUAUGUACAACCUUAAACUGUAAUAAAGAGUGCCGGAGGUCACAUGAGGAGGUCGAGUUGACGAGCUUGAGAAUCCAGUUCCAUGUGUCAUCUGACAGCGUCAGAUUUACGUCUUUUUCCCAAGCAGUUUUAAUUUUAUUCAAAGUAGUGUAGCUCAAACCCAUUAAUAUGCUAUAAAUAGUGGAUAUUAGGUCUUUACGCAGUGGGGACAGACAGAGGAGAUUAUCUAUAAUAUUUGCAUCCGGAGCCUCAGGGAAGUUUGGUAUCGAAGAACUAAUGAAGUGUCUUAUUUGCAAAUAUCUGAAAAAGUGAGAUUUGGAGUGAGAAAGUGAGAACCUUUCAGACAGCUGUUCAAACGAUGCAAACUUAUAAUCAAUAAAAAGAUCUUUGCAGAGCCUAAUGCCUUUACUGUACCAUUCUUGAAAUACUGAAUCAUGUAAAGAAGGUUGGAAGAGAUCAUGGUUAGAGAUGAUAGGGCUGGAGAGAGAAAAGCCCAAAGAACCACUAUACUUUCUGAACUGAGCCCAUACUCUCAGAGUAUGUCUAAUAACUGAAUUAUUGAUUGAUUUAAUUGGGGGGAUGGGGAGUGCAGAUCUAAGAAGUGCAAAGACAGAGAGGUUUUUGACAGAGUUUAUCUCCAUUUCCACCCAGGCAGGCCGAUUAGGUUGGUUGUGGAAAUAUGCCCAAAAGGUGAGAGAACGAAUGUUUGCUGCCCAGUAAUAUAAACGAAAAUUGGGUAGAGCCAUGCCACCAUCGCUUUUAGAUCUUUGAAGUAGAGACUUGUUCAAUCGAGGAUGUUUACCUUUCCAAAGGUAAGAUGAUAUAACUUAAUCCAAUGCAGUGAAGUAAGAUUUGGGAAUAAAAACAGAAACAGUCUGAAAAAGAUAUAGGAAUGAUAGUUUUUUUAAACACGUCCUUACUGACUUGUGGUCAUCACCUCCCACUUUUCCAUCCCUAAUAAAAAAAGCAGAAAUCAUCACACUGUACUGAAACUUUAGCGUUAACGCUAGUAAUUAUCAGUAACAGGGAAGGUUUCAGACCUGAUGCUCCACUUUAAUCAGCUUUAACUGUGGAAUCUGCAGUGGUGUCGUUCAUCCUCCAGCUUUAAAAACUCAACAUUAAAGUCACCGUUCAUACGUCGUGUCCACACGUUAAUUUAUGGCUCAGGAGGAAAAUAUACUGUACCAUACACACCAAUCAGCUAUAAUAUUAUGACCAGUGCCAGGUGAAGUUGAUAAGACUGAGUAUCUCCUCAUCAUGGCACCUAUCUCCUCAUCAGUGGGUGGGAUAUAUUAGGCAGCAAGUGAACAUUUUGUCCUCAAAGUUGAUGUUAGAAGCAGGAAAAAUGGACACGUGUAAGGAUUUGAGCGUUGAGUUUGACCAAAAGGACCAAAGUGUGAUGGCUAGACCACUGGAUCAGAGCAUCUCCAAAACUGCAGCACUUGUGGGGUGUUCCCGGUCUGCAGUGGUCAGUAUCUAUCAAAAGUGGUCCAAGGAAGGAACAGUGUUGGAAGGAACCGUGUGAUCCGAUCCAACAGACGAGCUACUGUUGCUCAAACUGCUGAAGAAGUGAAUGCUGGUUCUGAUAGAAAGGGGUCAGAAUACACAGUGCAGGACGGGUCAGGGCUGUUUCAGCAGCAAAAGGGGGACCAACACAAUAUUAGGCAGGUGGUCCUAAUGUUAUGGCUGAUUGGUGUGUAAAUCAACUUCAAAUAUCUUUUGACAGCGUUACUGCCGAAUGAACAGACAUCUCUAGUGCGCUAGAUCUUUACCAACUUCCUACGUUAGUAUAAAAAUGAAUGAAUAAAAAAUAAAAGGGGUUUUCUGCUUUAUUCCAGACCAGAUUUUAUUUUUUUA